AAGAUAAAUCAGAGACACUACAAAAGGGCCUGCUGCUCAUCCAUUUCUCCACAUGCUUACUACACUUCCUCAGUCUCUCCCUCUCGGAACAAAAAUGGCUUCUUGCCUGUGGCUUCUCUCUCUGGGUUUACUGUUUAUGGUCUCUGGAGCAAGGGGUGCUGCUCCAAGGAAGCCUAUCGAUGUGCCAUUCGGUAGAAACUAUGUGCCUACAUGGGCUUUUGACCACAUCAAGUCCUACAAUGGAGGCUCUGAGAUUCAGCUCGUCCUUGACAAAUACACAGGUACUGGCUUCCAAUCCAAGGGGUCUUACUUGUUCGGCCACUUCAGUAUGCAAAUAAAGAUGGUUCCAGGGGAUUCUGCGGGAACUGUAACUGCUUUCUAUCUGUCUUCUCAAAACUCAGAGCAUGAUGAAAUAGACUUUGAGUUCUUGGGGAACAGGUCCGGCCAACCCUACAUUUUACAGACAAAUGUCUUCACGGGAGGAAAAGGAGACAGAGAGCAGAGAAUCUAUCUUUGGUUUGACCCAACCAAAGCUUUUCACUCAUACUCAGUUCUAUGGAAUACGUUUCUGAUAAUAUUCUUGGUGGACGAUGUCCCAAUAAGAGUGUUCAAGAACAGCAAAGAUUUGGGAGUUAAGUUUCCAUUCGACCAACCCAUGAAGAUAUACUCAAGCCUGUGGAAUGCGGAUGACUGGGCCACAAGGGGUGGGCUGGAGAAGACCGACUGGUCCAAGGCUCCAUUUGUGGCUUCGUACAAGAGUUUCCACGUGGAUGGGUGUGAGGCCUCAGUGGAAGCCAAAUUUUGUGCGACCCAGGGCAAGAGAUGGUGGGACCAAAGGGAAUUUCAAGAUCUCGACUCCCUUCAGUACAGGAGACUCGCCUGGGUCCGCCAGAAAUACACCAUCUACAACUACUGCACUGACCGAGUUAGAUACCCCACCAUGCCACCUGAAUGCAAGAGAGACAGAGACGUUUAGACCCUUCUACUAAUACUAAUACUAAUACCACUGCUACUACUAUUAUCUCUCUCGCGUAUUGCUAUGUUCCAUUCAUAGUUCUUUGGGAUUUGCCUCUCAUCUUCAUCUCUACCAUGUAUUUGAUUGCUGUAAUUUUUAAAAUUCAAUGUAUGUCCUCUAUAUGCAUGCCCAUGUGACUGUUAUUCGUGUUUUUCCACCGCUAAGUUAUAGUCAUUCUUUUGCUUUUCAAUAUAUGAUAAAGGUUGCUGUUUGCCGGGAAA